CGGAAACGCAGAAAGCGUGGAAAAUGGCGAAACAUCACCCAGAUUUAAUUUUUUGCCGAAAACAACCAGGCGUAGCCAUUGGGCGGCUGUGCGAGAAAUGUGAUGGUAAAUGUGUCAUAUGUGACUCCUAUGUGCGUCCUUGUACACUGGUACGAAUCUGUGAUGAGUGCAACUAUGGCUCUUACCAGGGAAGGUGUGUGAUCUGUGGGGGACCAGGAGUGUCAGAUGCAUACUACUGCAAGGAAUGCACAAUUAUGGAGAAAGACAGAGAUGGAUGCCCAAAGAUUGUCAACCUUGGUAGUGCAAAGACAGAUUUGUUUUAUGAGAGAAAGAAAUAUGGCUUCAAAAAAAGAUAACUGUGCAAUUAGUACUUGGUGACCUUCACUGGAUGCUAACAUCUUUUCCAAAUGUUAUCAUUGGCUCACUGUUAGUUUAGAUAAAUGGUGAACAAGGCAGAAAUAUUGCAGAGAUUGUUGCCAGCAAUAGUGAGAAGUAAGAAAAUUGCACAGGUUUAUAGCUAAUGCUAGAACAUUUGAAAGAUAAAAACAUGAUCAUGUAUUUUUAAUAGUCAUCAUACUUCAAGCCAACACAGGCAAUGGCUAAUUUGCUUUUAAUAAAGACUGAGUGCAGUGUAUUUAUUGAUAUGACAGAUCAACUAACCAGCUGUUGGUAGGAAAAGGACAAGGCAGACAAAGCAUAAAUGCAUUUGCAUGUAUUGGAAUGAAACACCAAAAGAAUUAUUGAUAAGCUGUUAUCUUGCAAACUGUUGGCUGACAACGGUCAAUUUUGUCUGACGGGACUCAUGGGCGUAUCGUUUUUAAUUAUCUGAAUGACAUAAAAACUGCUGUCCAUUUGGAAUCCCACUGUGGUUAAGCAGUGGGUGGCAGAAAAAGACUGUCAUAAUACAUAUAUUUUAUGUAUAAAAAUAUGGUCUAAGGAUAAUGAACUGUUGAGUGCACUUCAAUUCUAAGAGUAUUUUCUAUCUACCUUUAUCUGAGCAGAAAACUUAAGUUCUGAAGAAGGAAUACGUUAUUCAAUUUUGACAUUGAUCCAUCAUUUUGUCUUUGGUGAUCCCCAUUAUAAAAGAAUGGAAAUUAAAUCGUUUCAUUUAUUAAUAAAACUAUUUCACAGUGGUA